GACGUAAUGAUAUCAAAGAAUGUGUAAACUUGUUUUGGAUUAUGUUCCUGGUGAACUCUGGGAAAACUCAGCAGGACACCCAUGAUGGAAUUCUAACAUCAAGCUACUUCUCGUCAGAUUUGACAACACAUCACAUUCUAAAAAAACUUUUAGUCCUGAGGACGAAGCUUUGGUGAAAGUUCUUCCACGAUGAGAGACCGCUUGGAGGAGCUGCGGAAGAGGGCUCAAGACUUUUCUGAGGCAGCAUCUGAGAACAGCUUCCCUCCCUCAGUAGAGGUUGAUAAUGACGACUCUAUGGCGGCCAUAACGCCACAGGCUGUGAUGUUCGAGGAAGAGCCAGUCAUUAAGAAUUUCCUGUUUGAGGCCCAGCGAAUCAGAGAUGAUAUCACAGUGCUGGACAUAGAGGUCCUUAAGUUUGGACAGCAGCAAAAGACCCUGGUUGCAACCAUGCGUCGUUUCAGUGUGAUGAAGAAGGAGAGCAGUAUAACCCGGGACAUCAAGCUCAAGGCCGAGAGCCUCCAUCGACGCUUGGAUGCUCUUUCAAAACAGGUCCAAAGGACUGAGGACCAACUGGGAACUAAUGCUGUUACAACCAGAAUACAACUCUCCCAGCAUGCAUCAUUGCACUCCAAAUUCCAGCAGGUAAUGCAGCAGUAUAAUGAAGGUCUGCUGACGAAGCAGGAGCGCUGUAAGCAUUUCAAUAUCCGGCAGCUGGAGGUAUCUGGAAGGGAUGUGACGGAGGACGAGGCGAAUGAAAUGGUGACCACAGGAAAAUGGGAGGUGUUCAAUGAGAACCUGCUGAAUGAUGCCAGAAUCACACGAUCACAACUAUCUGAGAUUGAACAGCAACACAAGGAGCUGUUGAGUCUGGAGAACAACAUGAGGGAGCUGAGGGACCUGUUUAUGGACAUUUUCAUGUUGGUGGAGGAACAAGGCUCCUACAUUGAGCACAUCCAGACCAAUGUGGAGAGGUCUCAGGAUUAUGUGGCUGCAUCUAAUUAAAAAUUCAAGAUGGCUGCCAGAUACAAGAAGAAUAACCCACUGCGACAGCUGUGCUGCUGUUGCUGCCCUCCCUGGAGAUGUUGCUUAUAAACAUGUGUUUACCUCAACGUUCUUUCCGAGUAACAUUUUAUAUUAGAAGUCUCACUUACUUGUUGGGAAUAAGGAACUCUGGAUUCAAGUACCAUUAAAGUGAAGGUUAUUAUGGCUCUGUAGUUUUGCUGUUGAACAGUGUGAAGGUGAAGAUAGAUUCAGCGGAGCAUGGAAAACAAUUAGGGUGAAAGCCAGAAUUGGUAUUUGAAGUACUUGUUUCUUUCAAGAGGAUGUGAGACGACUGCUUUUGGUAGAGACAGUUCAGUUAGUGCUGCUCACCAACACUGCUGCUUAUUGGAGACCUUCACUGUCAUCUGACAGAGGUCACAAACAAGCCGAGACCACUGCCUCUCACUGCUGGAUCAGCAAGACCCAAGACAAGACGUCAAGACUUCUACCAAUGAGCCUCUUAGCUUUCCUCUGUCACAGGACCACAUGUGACCAUUUAUUUUAGUAUACAUUAUGUGCACUUUAAGACUUAUCUAUUUUUUUAAUCUAAAUGUAAAAUGUACCCUUGUGGGAAAAGAUACUUUCUUAAACGUGUCGAUUCUUAUCUAUUAAUUUCCUUCUUGGUCCACAUGGUGGUUAAAUAGACCACUUGUUUCACAAUUAGUCACUAUUCUAAUUUGCAUUUCAAAGUAUGGUAAUUUUGGGUGAAUUUUUUUAAAUUAUUUUAUUCAACUUCACAGAGGCGGGAUUCAAGUAAAAUGUUGAAUAACGACGAGCCAUGAUCAAAAUAUUUACGCCGUGGUGACAAACUGCAGAAUAUCAUUGAAGUCGUAAGUUGAAAAAUAAGAUUGAAGUUUAUUAUUGGAGGAAAUAUUUCCUUUCCCUAGAUGUUUUUUUUAUUUGGGAUAUGGUGAAACUUACAUUUUUCCGAUGAAAAAUGCUGGCAUCUAUUUGUAUAAUAGUUUUGAUUAUUAUUAAAAUUAUAAUGACGCUAAAAAAGAAAGAAGUGGCUGUUAAGCAGGAGAAGGGCUCUCACCUAGAUAUCCAGCAGAAUGGAUUUGAACAGAUCAGCACACUCACACCUGUUAACUGGUUAUAGUGAAAUUGUUCACGCUUUACUUCAUGCAGAGUAGAAAUUACUGUCAUAUUUUCCUGGAGGGUGUUGCGACUAAGAUAUUAACAGUCACUAAUUAAUUUCAGGAGACUUUAUGCUUUUUCUCACGUACCAGCAGAAUGGCUCUUAACUAGCCUCUCAUCAGCAGUGAGAUUCUUUAGUGACUCAAUGACCCAUGGUGUCUGGUGUCCAGGACAAAAUAAAGGUGAGAUACAGAUGUAGCCUGGAAAAUCCGGUUUGUCCGCUUUUCCAGAAUAGCUCAGGCUACUGAAUGUUCCUGUAGGGAAGGGUGAGUAAACACAACCAUUAACUGUAGAGAAAACAAAUAAUGUCCUUUUCAAAUAAAAAUGCUUCUUAGCUUAAGAAAACAUUUAAAGUAAAUAUGCGUUUAGACUUUUGCUGUGCCACAAAAUGUAGUCGCCCUAAACAAGGAAUAAACAACUCAUGUGAAACACUACCUAUGAUGUGUUUUAUUUAACUAGUAUUUCCUAUGAUGCCUCAGGAGUAAAGUGAGUUGUUUGAUGGCUUCUGCUGUCUUAAAACACAUUUUCCUAAAUCUAAACAUCUUUGUUAUCAUCAGUCUUGCUCAGAUUCAAAUUACAUUUUUUAACCAAGACAUAAAAACAGGAAGUCAUUCUAUGUUCAUUAACUAGGAAUACACUAUGUUGCAGCACAUCACGGUUUCUCCCUCCUCACAGAUUUAGUGAGGACAAAUGAAGCGCAGCUGCAAAUUGAGGGUUUCUUGAACAGCAACAAUGCCAUCCAGUGUUCACCAAGAUAAUUGCCGGUUAGGAAAUAGGUUAUCUAUUAAUGUUUAAUCUGUGAAAAGCAACCAUAGGCAUGUUUGCAACGCAUAAGAUGUGAAAUUACCCCCACACAGUUUCAGAAUGAAAAUAUAGAUAUUGUAGUGGCGGGGUCAGUGCUGUUGAGCCAUUAUAAAUAGCUUGUGGUGGCCAUUACUCAAAACAAGUACUUGCCUUUUUGUGGCAACAUAACUCCUGCUCCACAAAAAUACAAAUUGCAGGAUGGACUGUUUUUUCUUUAUUAUGCCUCAGGGUGAAUGUAUUACAGGCUGAGCUGUCAUAACCCAAACAUGUGGAGCAUAUUCAAAGCCACAAUAAAAU